GGCAGAUAGACAUAAUUAACUGCUCGAUGUACGCCGAUCCGUGAUGGUCGUACACCGAAUGUUGCUCGCGUUGGCAGCGCUAAUAUGCGUUAUCACACAUCCAAUCCAUGCGAAGCAUGUCCGCAAGUGUCCCCUAGAACCGAGUCCUCAUGACAAAUGGGCGUCGGAAAAAGUACUGGAAGGCGAGAAAAAUUGGACUGGCUGCCAAGGCAAGUACACUGCAUGUUACGAUCAAGUACUGUCUGAUUCCCUCAAACAUUGGGAAGAUGGCAGUAUCACCAAAGAGACGACACAAAACGCUUUGGCCAGCACGCGCUUGGGAAUUCUGUACCAAAUAAUUGACGGCAAGUUAUAUCGAAGUGGUGGCAUCUCAGAAGACAAACGGUGUGUGUUUUCGAUGCGUUGUGAUGGAGUCGAGCAUAUGUUGCAUGCCGUACUGGAUACACACAAGGAGCGACCUAUGCCAAAUGUUGAGUUUGUGCUGAAUGAACGCGACUAUCCGAUGAUCACUGCGCAAUCAGAAGUAGCUUUACCAGUAUUCUCCUUCAGCCGCAAUUCGCGGUUCUUGGAUAUCAUGUACCCCAAUUGGUCGUUCUUCAAGGGAGGCCCUUGCGUGAAAACAGAACCGGGCUGUCUCGGGAGAUGGGACCUGAAGAUCGAGUCUAUGAGUCGAUCGGCGGAUAGAUAUCCUUGGGUGGAAAAACUUGAGCUGGCAUUCUUCAGAGGAUCCAGGACCUCUAACCAAAGAGACCCGUUGGUUCUCUUGUCGCGCGAACACCCGUACUUGGCGGAGGCAGGGUAUGUAAAAAAUCAAGCCUGGAAGUCAAUUGCCGACACCUUAGGACGUGAACCCGCAGAGGACGUAUCGCUGGACGAUCACUGCAAGUUCAAGUAUUUAUUUAAUUUUAAAGGGGUUGCCGCUUCUUUCAGGUUCCGGCACUUGUUCCUGUGCGGGUCACUAGUGUUCCAUGUGUUGAGUGGCGAGGACGACUGGCUGGAGUUCUUCUAUCCUGGCAUGCAGCCGUGGGUGCACUACAUACCCGUCAAACCAGACUUCUCCGAUGGCCAGCAGCUCAUUGAGUGGGCGAUGCGAUAUGAUGCACUGGCGAAGGUGGUGGCGGAGAAUGGACAGCGAUUCAUUAUAGAUCAUCUGCGUAUGGAGGACGUGCACGGCUACUGGUAUCAUCUGCUGCGCAAAUAUUCUAAGCUUCUCAGCUACGAACCUUCCCUUGCUGCGGACGCUUAUGAGGUGUAAAAUAUCGAUUGCAUCAGUAAGCCACCUCUAUAUCCCGGUGAUGGGUCUCAGUCGUACACGAUUGUGUGAUUGCACAUAGACGCGCUCAUAUAUGUAGAUUUAUUUGCGGUGAACGGGAAGCAUAUAAGCAUAAUGCUGGAGGAGCCUUCUGGCUUUGUGAUGAUCACUUGAAUCUAUAUAGAGGUGAUAUGAAAGCUACGAACUUGUGGUGCCGUGCGUUCAUAGAUCGGCGCAUACACAGACAGUCACAUCAGAAGAUCUCGCAGCUGGAAAGAAAUCUAACCAAGGUUUACAGACGCAAUUAAAUUCGAUAUGGCUAUUAUUAUUUGAUAGUGAUUCUCCUGUUCACUGUUGGUAAGCUCGUACAGCCCUUAAUUAGUGGCAGCUUUAUAACGUGACAAUUUAGAGAAAGCAUAUAACUAGGACCGGUGUACAUGAAGCCAUAUGGUAGUGUGCCUCGAUAGCGUUCAUUAAAAAUGAAAACCUUGGGCCCUUGCGUUCUAUCGCACGGCUCAUUCAAACUUUUUUAUAAUCUUACAUUUGUUUAAGUUCGCUAGCACACUUUUCAACGAACUUUGGCCUUUCU